AUGAUUGGACGUAGCUCCGUCAUCCUGCUCGGUCUUCCCGUCUUCGGGAUUAAGCAUAUGUGGGUCAUAUUCAACCUUUCGUCAAACGUGCUUGAUGUGAGGAAAUUGUUUACCUACAUGAUAAUAUCCUCUUUGACAAUGUGCCAUGAGCGUUGGAAAAAUAAAGCAGUCAUUCCAUCUGGUCCCGAUGCUUUUUCUGGGUGCAUCAUAAAUAAAGCCUCCCGCACCUCUGCUUCCGUCGCUCGUCGAGUCAAGAGUUCAUUUUCCCGUGUUGUAACCCGUUCUGGCAGGUUCUCAAUUAAGCACCCCCGUAAAAUCUACCGGUGA